UUUGUGCUGGACGAGUAUUGCGCCAGAUACGGCGUACGUUUGUGCUUUCGGCAUCUUUCCUAUCUUCACGAUCUGUUGGACAGAAUCGAUCGUGGGCUUAUGAUAGAUCCAACAUUGAUACACUUUAGCUUUGCCUUUUGUGCCACUCAUGUCUACGGUAAUACCACGUCGGCCGAUGGUGUGGGCUCGAUCACUCAUGAAGAGAAAGAUAAAUUUCAGGAAAUUAAAGAACGGCUGAGACAGAUUCUUGAGAAGCAAAUCACCAACUUUAGGUACGGUUUUCCAUUCGGACGUCCGGAUGGUGCACUGAAAGCGACUUUAUCUCUGCUGGAACGUGUUCUCAUGAAAGAUAGCGUAACGCCUGUACCACAAGAAGAAGUAAAAGCGUUGAUAAAAAAUUGCCUGGAAACGGCAGCGCUAGUUAAUUACACGAAAUUGUCCGCCGAGGCGAAGAUUGAAGACGAUUUGAGCGGCGAGGUGUGCGUGCCUCCUAAUAAGAAGCUGGAGGAUCUCAUACACCUCGCCGAGCUGUGGGACCUGCUGCAGCAAAAUGAAGAACAUUAUUCGGAGGCGUUCGCCUGGUUUAGCGAUCUUAUGGUGGAGCACGCCGAGAUCUUCUGGUCGCUAUUUGCCGUCGACAUGGACAAAGUCCUCGCGGAACAGCCACCCGACACAUGGGACAGUUUUCCACUGUUUCAAAUAAUGAACGAUUACCUUAGGACGGACGACAAUUUGAAGAACGGAAGAUUUCACCAGCAUCUACGCGACACGUUCGCACCUUUAGUAGUGCGCUACGUGGAUCUGAUGGAGACAUCGAUCGCUCAAUCGAUCCAUAAGGGUUUCGAGAAGGAAAGAUGGGAGAUAAAAGGGAACGGUUGCGCUACUUCGGAGGAUCUCUUUUGGAAAUUGGACGCGUUGCAGUCGUUCAUCGGCGGGCUGCAUUGGCCCGAUCAGGAGUUUAGGCAACAUCUCGAACAGAGAUUGAAACUGAUGGCUUGCGAUAUGGUGGAGUCGUGCAUACAAAGGACCGACGCGGCCUUCCAGCAGUGGCUGAAGAAAGGCGUGACCUUCAUCUCGACCGAUUACAUCAUACCGUCGGAAAUGUGCGCUAUGGUGAACGUUAUUUUGGAUGCCAAGAAUCAGAGUUUUAAGCUUUGUACUGUCGAUGGUGUUGAUGUGCAUCAAUAUCAUUCUAAAAUUGAUGACAUGAUUGAAAAAACAUCAGCAGGAAUGAAUCAAGGAAUGAUUAACAAGUUAAUAACAGUAUUGGACGCGACGCUGUCAAAGUUGUCUCGUUACGACGAGGGUUCCAUUAUCGGCUCUAUUCUCAGUCUUACGAAGGUAUCAGGAAGCGGCAAGGAAAUGGGACAAGCCUACGUGAACUUCAUGAGAAAUUGUAUGGAUCAGAUUCGUAGCAAAGUCCUCGACGAGUUAUGGAUCUUGACUUUCUUCGAGCAAUGGUAUACGGCACAGAUACAAAUGUUAUGUAAUUGGUUGUCCGAGAGGCUUGAUCAUAGCCUGCAUCUGCAUCAGUGUACCUGUCUAGCUCACAUCGUGAAAAAGAUCUAUUCGGACUUUGAGCUGCAGGGUGUCAUGGAGGAGAAACUCAAUACGAAGACAUAUCAGACUAUAGACAAAAGGAUGAAGACGGAAGAAGCAACUUGUGCCUUAAACAUGAGCGCUCAGAAUGAAGAAGGAUUUUCGGAGAAUGGCAAUGACGAUGAGGUGGAGAGACCUAAGACAAAAGUGACGAUCGUUGAGACGAUAACGGAAGACGCGAAUUAUGUGGCCAAUCUGAGUAACGUCACCUCAAAUGUUGUUGGCAAAGUCGGUAGCAUGUUCGGCAAGGGCAUCGGCGGUCUUUCUACAAAAUUUGGCUCAGCCAGCAAUUGGUUCUAGUUAUUGUUUCUAGCACUCUGCCAGUAAAAAAAAUCUUACAUUCGACUAGUACGUUCCUUCGUCUAAAUAAGGGGAUGCGAACGGGGCAAGAUUUCUAAAGGCAUAGCCAGUACCCUAUAGACAGUACGAUGAUCUAGAGUUUUGUCCAUAUAAACGAAUGAUAACGAUUAAAACGAUGCAAUCGAUCGGAUCAGUUGGCUCUUAUCGUCUCGCGAGAUCGGUUCAAUUUUAUUGCGGAUUUUCUUCGAGAUUUUCAAUAGUUCCAAAACUAAUAUUAAAAGAAUUACUUAUUGAUUGAUCACGAUUGAAAAAACUAAUUGCUGAUAUAUUUCCGUUUACUUAGGCAUAGUUUUUUCGAAUUUCCAGUAAUAAUACGUAUUAGACGUCGUAAUGUGCGUGCUAAGAAUUACGCGAGCUCGUUGUAAAUUCGUUUUAAUUGACCGAUUAUGUUUGAUCUCAGGUAAUAGCGAAAACAUAGUCGAAAUAUACUAUUCGGAAAGGCUGAUUGUGUGCGAGAAAUAAGCACGAUAUAGACGAGAGAGUAAACGCGUAGAUAUAUCUAAUCAUAUUACAAAGGUAUAUGUAUAUAAACGUACACAUGCACACAUAUGCAACGUGUAAUUAUGAGAUAUUCGUACAUUUUGUCGUGGUCUGCAUGUGUCAGACUAACGUCGUUAAUAUAUACAUAUAUACAUAUAUAUAUAUAUUAGCUGAAUUGUCAGAACACAGAAUAUACGAGAUUUUUCCUACUUAGUCUGUGUACCGCGAGUUGGUUUUGCGGAUUUAGUUGUCGAAGGAUAAAAGCAAGGGCACACACACGUAUUUUGCGUAAAUAAAAAACUAGGAAAGAUUCUCGGGUCGAUUGCAACGUUACUUGGAUGUGGAAUACGGGGGGAACGCGACAGGAAUAAUAUGAAAAAUCUCGAGAAAAAGUCACGGAAAAGUAAGAAACGGGAAGGAAAGGGAUACACGACUUGUCGAAACCGCUUAUCGAAUUAAUUUCGCGAUCAACUAUAUUUUUUCAACUGUUAGGUACGAUCGCUGUUAUCUGUUGGACGACCAUUCGUCUGCUAUUCGAGCGGAUUUCUUGUUUCGUUACAAAAAAACUUUUCGUGAAACGGAAAACGAGGAAGAGACGUUUCCUUUGCGAUUAGAAGUAAGAGACACAAAGUGAAAUGAAGAAGAGAAAUAUUUCAUCUCUCUUGUGAAUCUAUAUAGAGUCGAUUUUUCCAGUGUAAGAAUUUUCAGCAUUAAAAACUUUAUCGCAAUUGAGCCUCGUUAAAAAUCUCUCAGAAAUUAACAUUAACUUAAAAUUAAUCCUUGAAAAUUUAAUAGUUAAAAUAUCUUGCAAAUUGUCGCUUAAAAUCGGUGAUCGAUAUUCUAUAUUCAUCUCUGUCUUAAUAUAUUCUUCGAGGCUCUGGGCACUCUGUAUAAGAAUACUAAUUGUUAUUCACAUACAUCAAAAUGAUAAAUUUGAUUUAUACUGUUAAUUUAAAAUUCAUGAAGAACUCAAUUAAUAAGUUUCCCGAAUGGCUAUAAAUAUUAGACUUUAAUAGAGCUUAAAAGAUUAAUCGGGUCAAAACUUGUGAUACAUUGCUAGCGUAACCUUUCAUAGUUUUUUCCGAUGGUACUAUAUUUAUUAAACAUACACGCAAACAAGUUUCAGCAUAUUAUUAAUUAGUCGCGAUUGAAUGGUCGCCGACAACCAGAAGCAGUGAACGUAGUAGCACGUUGUAUUUUUACCUGCAUCACAUUAUACGAAUUCAUGCUAGAUAUCGGUAAUGUGAUAGCAUUCGCGAAUUACUACAUAUACAAACAAAUUAACUAUUUAUUUGCAAACGAGGAAAGGGAAAGGAGAGCAAUUAUAUGCACAGUGAGAAACUUUAUUGGCGAGAAUUAAGUCGAGAGAGAUAAUCGAAGAAUUCGUCAUUUAUUAAAGAGCGUUAAAAUUUUUAUUUUAACAUUACAAGGACAAUAAAGGAAGAAUUCUUUAAUUAAAAAAUCAUAGGAAAACUAUAUUAAUGUCUCGCCAGAAUAAAAUUUUUUAAUGUGUAUAAAAUUGAUGUGUGUUCGGUUGAGAAUAUUUCAUUUUUAAGAGUAACUCUCGCGAAAUAUGUUGUGAAAUUUUCUAGUAGUCUCAACAUUUUGAGAAUAAUUCUCAAUCGGGUUUGCUACAGAUUUUCGCUGUCGGGAGUCGCUCUUGAGAUAUUGAAUAAUUUUCAGGAUCGAAAUAUAUAAACGAAUCGUGCGUGGGUUAGGCACUGAAUCGUUUUCGAUUUUGCUCUAAUUACGCGACAGGGAGGAAAUAUAUAUAUCCUCUUUUUUUGAUUAAAACAAUUUUUUUUUGUCAUUGUCGUCGUUAUGAUACUAAUUAACGUCCUAUAAAAGACAAGUGUUAUGUAGGUUUACAAUGCAAGAGAGCCUUGUCCCUGGAUCACGAGGCGCAUGUAUAUUUUCAAAACUUCACGAUAUAACGUUCGUAUAUAUUAAUGGAUAUUUAUUCAGCUUGAUAUAAACUCUUGAAAGUGCAUCAAACGCGAAAGUAUAACAGCGAGGCAGGAUGAAAAAUGUACGUCCCUUAAGAAUUUUAUUUAUUUUACAUUGCGAGAUAUUUCGUCUAUUUUCAUUUGUCAAUUUUCCAUUUUUAUUUUUAUUAUUUCUGUGUUUUUUUUAAAUGCGCGAGAGACAAAUCCUAAUCGCCUUUAUAACCAUCGAGCUCUUUGAGCUCUCUCUGUCUACCUCAAAUAUGAAGAAGAAUCAUUCCAUUGUAUAUGUAAAAUAAUUCCAGAAUAAGAUAAUCGAAAAAAAAACUAACAUAAUCAAGUUGAUACAAAUACGAAAUUUGUUUGAAAUUUAAACUCAUAAUUGAGAUAAAACUUAUUUUUGGCAAAUCAAUAUUUUUUUAGAGAUCUACGUAUAUGGUUUAUUUUAAAUAAGUAAUUACGUCAUUUCAGGGAAUCAUAAUAACAAGAGAGUUUUUGUUCGACAUCAAUCAUUUUCUUAUUCACUACCUGAUUAUUAUUAGUGGCGGAUACAUAUUUUUCAUCCUACUUCGAUGAGUAAGGCAGUUAUAAAAUUAACCGUAAAAGAGGAUAUGAAAAUACACAUACAAACACACGUACACACAGACAUACACAGAAAUGUAGAGCAGUCGCGCAAACGCGAAGCGAGGGAGGAGGGAUUUACCAUUCGUUUGUACAUACUAAUGGCGAAAUGGGAAAGAGUAAAUUUUUUAUAUGAGACAAAAAAAAA